AGUCCACCCGCAGAGGCUUUGGGAUCUCUUUUUUGCUCUUAGUCGGUGCAGCUUGAAUGCUCUUGGCCCGGAAGGACGGCAGCACGAGUUCCAAAGGCGGGACCUCGAGGAUUCCUGUUUCCCCAACGCAAGAGGAUGGCCCAUUUCUCCGGCGAGGGCGAAGUGAUGCUGCAGGCGAUGCUGAGGCAGUUGUUCCAGAGCGUGAAGGAGAAAAUCACGGGGGCUCCCUCCCUGGAGUGCGCCGAGGAGAUCCUCUUACAUCUGGAGGAAACUGAUGAAAAUUUUCACAACUAUGAAUUUGUGAAAUACCUUAGACAGUAUAUAUGUAAUACUUUGGGGUCUAUGAUUGAAGAUGAAAUAGAAAAAUGGACAUCUGAUCAGAAUCAGGGUGAGGAAUUUGGCCAUGACACAGUUGUACAGCAUGUUACUAAAAGAACUCAGGAAUCUAAAGAAUACAAAGAAAUGAUGCAUUCCCUGAAGAACAUCAUGAUGAUAGUGGUGGAAUCUAUGAUCAACAAGUUUGAAGAAGAUGAAAUGCGAAGUCAAGAAAGGCAGAAAAAAAUCCAAAAGGAGAAAAGCAAUAGUUACUGCACAGACAAUUGCUCUGAUAGUGAUUCAUCAUUCAAUCAGAGUUAUAAAUUUUGUCAAGGAAAAUUACAGUUGAUUUUAGACCAGUUGGAUCCUGGGCAACCUAAAGAGGUGAGAUAUGAAGCCUUGCAAACGUUAUGCUCAGCUCCUCCAUCUGAUGUACUGAACUGUGAAAACUGGACCACUCUCUGUGAGAAACUGACAGUGUAUCUUUCAGAUCCUGAUCCUGUAUUUAGUGACCGGAUUUUAAAAUUCUAUGCACAGACGUUUACACUUUCACCAUUACAUAUGACCAAGGAAAUUUAUAAAAGCUUAGCUAAAUAUUUGGAGUUACACUUUCUUUCUAGAGAAAAUCAUAUUCCUACUCUUUCAACUGGCAUAGAUAUAACUCAUCCUAAUGUGAUCCAUUUACUUAAAAAGGUUCGUCUUCUAAAUGAGUAUCAGAAAGAGGCUCCAUCUUUCUGGAUUCGACACCCAGAAAAGUAUAUGGAAGAAAUUGUGGAGAGUACUUUGUCUUUAUUAUCAGUUAAACAUGAUCAAAGCCAUCUUGUCUCACAAAAGAUUUUGGAUCCGAUAUACUUUCUUGCAUUGGUUGAUACCAAGGCUGUGUGGUUCAAAAAGUGGAUGCAUGCAUAUUAUAGCAGAACUGCAGUACUAAGACUUAUUGAAAAGAAAUAUAAAUCUCUGAUAACUACAGCAGUUCAGCAGUGUGUUCAGUACUUUGAGCUGUGUAAAACCAUGAAAGCUGAUGAGGUUUGGGGACAUUCAAAGCCUUGUGGGAAUAAGAAAACUUUCUACUACUCAGGACAAGAAUUACAAUAUAUUUAUUUCAUUCACUCACUGUGCCUUUUAGGAAGAUUAUUGAUCUAUACACAAGGCAGAAAGCUAUUUCCUAUAAAGCUGAAGAAUAGAAAAGAUUCAGUAUCCUUUACAGAUCUGCUGGUUCUGUUUACCCAACUUAUCUAUUACUCACCAAGUUGUCCAAAGAUGACAUCACCUGGUCAUUUAGAGAAUUACUCUCCUGCAAGUAUGGUAACUGAAAUUCUUUGUAUACUCUGUGAUCAAAAAGAAUGUGCAAUUGAAUGUUUAUAUAACAACACUGUGAUCAAGGCACUUCUUCAACCUAUUCAUAACCUAAUGAAAGGAACUAAGGCUGCUCCAAAUUGCUCUGAAACAGCUUUAAUUCAUGUAGCUGAUAUUUUGGCAAGAAUUGCUUCUGUAGAAGAAGGACUUAUUCUACUACUUUAUGGAGAAAAUAUGAGCUCUUCUGAAGAAAAAAGUCCUACAGGUGCUCAUAUAAUUGCCCAGUUUUCGAAAAAAGUUCUUGAUGAAGAUAUUUCUAGUUUUUCUGGAUCGGAAAUGUCUCCUGCAGUUAAAGGAGCUUUUACUUCUGUGUGUCGUCAAAUAUAUGGUACAUGUGAAGGCUUGCAGGUUUUAAUUCCUUAUAGUUUGCAUGAAUCUAUAGCAAAGGCAUGGAAGAAGACAAGUUUGCUAUCAGAAAGAAUUCCUACUCCAGUACAGGGUUCUGAUUCUGUUUCUUCGAUAAGCCAGGAAUCCCAGAACAUUAUGGCUUGGGAAGAGAAUUUGUUAGACGAUUUACUAAAUUUUGCUGCCACUCCCAAAGGACUACAACUUCUUCAAAGAACAGGUGCCAUCAAUGAAUGUGUGACAUUUAUGUUCAACCAAUACGCAAAAGAAUUACAGGUCAGCAGGCAUACAAAGUUUGGCUAUGGAGUUCUGGUUACACAAGUGGCAUCAACAGCGGCAGGUGCAAUAGCACUGCAAAGUUCAGGGUUUAUUAAUGCACUUUUAACUGAAUUAUGGGCUAAUCUGGAAUGUGGAAGAGAUGAUGUUAGAGUAACCCAUCCCAAAUCUACUCCAGUGGACCCUAUUGACCGAAGCUGUCAAAAGUCUUUUCUAGCACUGGUGAACCUGUUAUCUUAUCCUGCUGUUUAUGAGCUUGUAGGCAAUCAAGGUCUUCCUAAUAAAGAAGAAUAUUCUCUUCGUGAAGUCCCAACAAGUGUUAUUGAUAUUAUUGACAGACUUAUAAUUUUGAAUUCUGAAGCCAAGAUUCGUUCUUUAUUCAACUAUGAACAAUCACACAUCUUUGGUCUAAGGUUAUUAAGUGUGGUAUGCUGUGAUCUAGACACUCUUCUCCUAUUGGAGGCUCAGUAUCAAGUAUCUGAAAUGUUACUAAAUGCUCAAGAAGAAAAUACCUUAGAGACCUCUGACAGUCACAGAGAUUUUAUAAUUGACAGCUUAUCAGUGGAGAGAAAUCAUGUUCUUGUUAGAAUAAAUCUUAUUGGUGGGCCAAUGGAACGAAUUUUGCCUCCAAGGAUGAUAGAGAAGGGUGAUGAUCCAUAUCCUUGGCCAAUGUUUUCAUCAUACCCUUUACCAAACUGCUAUUUGUCAGACAGUGUUACGAGAAAUGCUGAUCUAAAACAAGACAAUGAUCUUGGCAAACUUUUAUUGCGCUUCAAAAUGUCUGAUAAGCAAAGUGAGUGGAUAGAACACUGCCGAAGACAGUUUUGCAAAAUGAUGAAGGCCAAACCUGAUAUAAUCAGUGGAGGUGCUUUAGUAGAAUUACUUGAAAAAUUUGUCCUUCAUCUCUCUGAAAGCCCAUCUGAAUGCUACUUCCCCUCAGUGGAAUAUACAGCUACUGAUGCAAAUGUGAAGAAUGAAAGUCUUUCAUCUGUGCAACAGCUUGGCGUUAAAAUGACUGUCAGGUAUGGCAAGUUCCUCAACCUGUUAAGAGAUGGUGCAGAAAAUGAUCUUACCUUGGUUUUAAAGCAUUGUGAGAGAUUCCUGAAACAGCAGCAAGCUUCUGUAAAAUCUUCUCUUCUCUGCUUGCAGGGAAGUUACACUGGCCAUGACUGGUUUGUAUCUUCUUUGUUCAUAAUAAUGUUGGGGGACAAAGACAAAACAUUCCGAUUUCUUCAGCAGUUCUCCAGGCUUCUGACUUCUGCUUUCCUUUGGUUGCCAAGACUACAUAUUUCUAGGUACCUACCUAUUGACACCAUAGAAUCUGGCAUUCAUCCAGUAUAUUUUUGCAGCACUCACUAUGUUGAAAUGCUACUGAAAGCAGAAGUGCCACUUGUAUUUUCAGCUUUUCACAUGUCUGGUUUUGCACCAUCACAGAUUUGCCUGCAAUGGAUAACUCAGUGUUUUUGGAAUUAUUUAGAUUGGAUAGAAAUCUGCCAUUAUAUUGCUACUUGUGUUUUCCUUGGUCCUGAUUAUCAAGUAUAUAUCUGUAUAGCUAUAUUCAAACAUCUACAACAAGACAUUCUACAGCACACUCAGACUCAAGAUCUGCAGGUUUUCCUAAAAGAAGAAGCACUGCAUGGGUUUCGAGUGAGUGAUUACUUUGAAUACAUGGAAAUUUUGGAACAAAACUACAGACCAGUGCUGCUGAGAGACAUGUGGAACAUUAGAGUACAAAGCACAUAGAUCAUGGAACACGCAAUUUAAUUUUAUGUUUUAUUUAUUUUUAAAGGAGACAGAGGGACUUAACUGUUUUCUGUCUGUGUCUAUAACAACAUAUGCUUUGUGAAUACACAGUAUUGUAAAUCAGUACUGAGAGUUUUUGAAUAUAAUAGUAUAUUCGAGUAGGUAUUGGCUCAAUUGAAGUGAAUUCAUUUUUGUAAGUUUGUUGUUGUGUAAGGUUGUUUUAGAAUCAAAUCUAGCUUACUUAUAGUUCUUUAUGUUUAAGAGUUAGUCUUAACCUACAUUUCCUUCUUCCCAGGAUGAUUAAAAUAUUUUUUCCAAUGAGUUUGGAAAGUAGCAGCAAUAUUGUAAAUAAUUGACCAGCCAGAGAGAUUCCAUAGAGACAAGGAAGACGAUUGUUUUCUUCAUUUUUAUGUCUUUACAUAUAAAGGAAAAUAAGCAAAACCAUAACUGCUUAUUUUACAUAUGGAGGAACAAAUGAUAUUUAUCAUGGCAAGUGGUAAGAAAAUUGUCGUCAGACAUAAUUGUUUUUCUAGGAAUUGCUUUUGAUACCUAUAUCAAUUUAUAAUUUUUCAUAUGAAAUGUAGUCUCUACAUGGUUCAUUUAAAACAUAGAUUGGUUAUUGCAUACUGAUAUGCAUUUGACUCUCAUUUGUUAAGUGGUUUACUCAAUGAUAGAUUUGAUUUGUACUGAACUUGAAAACAUUAAAGAGAAUAGAUUUGUAAAUUAUUUUAAAUGACCAACACAGUGUUUUAUUUUAUUUAAAUAGAAGGUUCGGCUCCAGUGAGAUUAAUAUGCUAGGCUCUAUUUUCUUAUAACCAUCACAUUUAAUAUAUGAAAGAUAAGACACAAAAAUAUUAUUAAUUUUUCAGUCAGCAAUUUCAACAAGUUUUAAAAAUUAUAGGUAGAGGUCAUUUUGUAUUCAUUGCUUAUAUUUAAAUAUAAAUCAACCAUUAAAACCAUUCUGGAGCCUUUUUUUUUUUUUCAACCAAAAAUGGCUUAUCUACAGACUCUAUUUUUCCUUUUAGUAUGAUGAAAUAACAUAUCAUACAAUUUUCAGUUUUGUGAUAUUUAGGCGAUUGUAGUAUCAACCUUCCCAAAUCAGUUUUUGUGCUGUAAAUGCCGGCAAUAGAUUCUCAGUAAUGGUGUUCCUAAAGGGCACUGAAAAAGUUAAGAAAAGAAAAUUGAGCAAGUUAAUUUGACAUAUUGCUCACUUUAGCUCUGGCUGAUUUGAGUUAAGUAAGAAAGCCCCAGGUUACUCAAAACACCAAGUUUUGUCUACUUUCAAACUUAAUUUUGAAAAGCUGUUCCACAGAACCUGUAAUACAUGUUUCUGUUUUUUCCCAUUCUGUUUCUGAGAUGUUGUUAUUGGUCCUGAGAAACUUGCAACUUUAUUUCUUUUUAAAAGGUCUUACAUGGUAAUUGGAAAUACAAAUGGAGAAGGAACUACAACUUAAUUUUAUAAUAUUCAUUGGUGAUUUUGAUUGGACACUGAAGCAAGAUCUAGAUAAUAAUUACAUUAUGGAAAAGUGACUUCAGCUGGAGCCAGAAAGCUUUCAUUUUCAUUUGAUAAAUAUGUUUUGAACAAUGACUUAGCAAUUUGGUGAAAUAACAUUAUAAAAUAUGGUAGUUCUUGUAGCUACCAUUGUGAAUUAUUUUUGUACCUAUUUUUAUUUUAAGAAUACUCUUUAGAGUAGAAAUAAAUACAGCCCUGUCUUGC